AUGGCGUCGAAUCUGUCAUUAUCCUUUGAUAGCUUUUACGAAACUUGGAAGGAUCGUCCAAAGGAUAAAAUAGUUGAGAAGUUGUUAGAAAUUGGAACCGUGUCAACGUUAACUGAAUUAAAGUAUAAGCUAUGCUCGGAAUGCCAGCAAGUCUCUCAUUUUCCGCAAGGGGAUAUGUAUACAAGAAGAAAGCCUAAGGGAAACAGUACGUUUUCAACACUUGAAGAACGUUUAGCCGAAGAUAUAUGGCAACUAAUGGUAUGUUUGGAUACUGGGGUUGUUCAACCUGCUAUUAAAUCUAUGUUUAAAUCUGGAGAUGACUGUUUAGCUGAAAACAUCAUAACAGUGAGUGAUAGUAGUGAUAACAUUGCUGAGCAAAUAUUUGGGACUCCCAUUCUUAAUGCUACGCAAGGGCGAAGUGAUAUUUCUGGUCUAGAGUCGCGUUUAGCACACAAACAUUGCUCCGAUCGUAUAGCUUCUGUCGAAGCAGAUUUGUUUAUUUUGAAGGAGAAAUUUACUCAUGAUAUAAAUGAUAUUUUAGCGCAGUUAUCUCAAAAGGAAAAAACUAUUCAGAAACAAGAGAGCGAAAUAAAUCAAUUGAAAUCUGAAAAUUUAACAUUAAAAUCUCGCUUAUUGACACUCGAAAAGCGAGCACCAAAUUUAAAUUUAAAUAAAGAAGCACGCCAAACUUAUUCAGAAGCGACAAUGAACCCCAACAAUAAACCAAAAAAUAACGAUGCAAACGGCGUAACCAGUUCAAAAAACACUAUUCCCCUGCCAAUUAGUACGGCUAGGCCAACACCAGGCAAAUCACCUUCGAUUGAAUCUAUUGAAAAAACAAAAAACAAUGCCGCAUCCAAUAUGACAAAUGGCAAUGUAACUAACAAGUCUGUAGUCAACGCUAUUGUUGAUGAAGACAAUGUACAUACAAAUUCGGAUACUAAUCGCCAUUUAACCAUUCAACCAAAUCAAAACAAACUUCAGCCUAAUUUAUCAAAAGCGCCAGAUCAUGUCCCGAAUGUAGAUUUAACUUCGGAAGCUGAUGGUGAUGGCUUUGUCGGCGUUAAACGUAAACGUAGACAUAUUAAAAGAUUCUUUUUAAGUGGAAUUUCUGACACCGUAACCUAUGAAACCAUAAUUGGUUUUCUAGAAAAGAGAGAGAUCCAGCCCACUCAAUUGAGAAUAUUUCCAAGUCGGCGAAAGGGGACUAUUUCGGCCAAAUUGAAUGUAAAUGCAAAAGAUUGUUCUGUUAUAUCUCAAAAAGAUUUCUGGCCAGCUUUUGUGUCUUGUAAACCUUGGUUAACGAAAAAUAAACUUGAUACUAUAAAUCAAGACAAACCAACUAAUCAAUCCAAUGAAUAG